AUGUUUACAGUAUCAAGUUUUGAAGGGAAACACAAUCAUGAACUCGCACGUAAAGAGUUUGCACAUAUGUUACAAUCGCACCGAAAAAUUAGUGAAGCUCAAGCAACACAAGUCGAAUUAGCUUAUGAGGCAGGACUUACACCAACAGAAAUAUAUGAGUUGCUGAACAAGAUGGCUGGAGGUCAGUCGAAUGUUGGUUUUAUGAAAAAAGAUAUUGAAAAUCAUUUGGGGAAAAAAAUGGAGAAACAAGUAGAGAAGGGUCUUCAUAAAGUGAUAAUGCAAUAUUUCAAAAAGAUGCGGGUUAAAAACCCACUUUUUGUAUAUGAUAUGCAGUUUGAUGAUGAAGGAAUGAUUACAAACAUUUUUUGGGCUGAUGGGAAAGGAAGAUCUGAUUAUGAAGUUUUUGGUGAUGCCUUUUGCUCCAUUGUUGGGAUCAAUAAUCAUGGUCAAACAAUAGUCUUUGGUGUAGCUCUUCUAUAUCAAGAGAAUGUGGAGUCGUUUGUUUGGUUAUUUCAAACAUUUGUAGGGGUGAUGAAUGGGAAGCAUCCGACCACUAUUCUAACUGAUCAGAGUGCUGCAAUGGCGAAAGCAAUACUCAUAGCCUUACCAACUACUCAUCAUCGGCUUUGCAUUUGGCAUAUAUACCAAAAUGCAGCCAAACAUUUGGCACAUGUAUUUUCUGGUAUGCGCUCUUUUGCUGUUGCAUUUCAACAGGUUAUAUAUGACUAUGAAGAUGAAGCAUCUUUUCAUGAAGCAUGGGAAAAUUUGCUUGAAAAAUACAACUUAAGAGAAAACCCAUGGCUUAUGAAAUUAUUUGAAGAAAGAAAAAAGUGGGAAAUGGUAUAUGGUCGGCAUUUUUUUUGCGGAAACAUGAUGAGCACCCAAAGAAGUGAGAGUUUCAAUGGUGUACUAAGGAAUUAUUUGACAUCAAAACUUGGGGUGGCAAGAUUUUUUGAACAGUUUGAGAGAGUUCUUGAAGAUAGGCGGUAUGCAGAGCUUCAAGAGGAUUAUAAGAUGAUGGAUCAAUAA